AUGGGAAGAAACAAAAUUUUCGCCAAAAAUUUAAAUGGGGAAAUUAACCAUGACUUUUCUGAUCAAGUAAUUAUACAGGGUAAAGUGCAAGCCGUUACUUGGUAUGUUUGGGGGAAAGAUGGAGAUGACAAACUCUGCAAGAUGGUAAAGGAGGGCACAACAGAUGAUCUGUUUGAUCAUUUAUGCUCGAUAUUGCCAGAGUUCCUACAACACUGCCAUGUCAAAAGAAACCAAGCAGAUAGCUACAACAAGGAAAGAGAGGCUGUUGGUUGUGAAGAUUUUGAUAAGUCAUUUGCUUUGUUGCAGGUUGACUUCUCAGAAAACUACACAUGUGCUCACUGGAAACAGGAUCAAGUCAGCCUGUUCACUGCAGCCCUUUGGUUUGAUGGUAAGCUCCACCCCACAGUCAUUGCAUCUGAUGACUUGAAUCAUGGGAAAGAGACGGUUGUGUCCUACAUUGAUUACCUCCUCGACACUCUUCCUGCAACUGUGAAAUCCAUUUCCAUAUGGUCUGAUGGUCCUUCCUCACAAUUUAAGAAUCGGUUUCUUGUUGCAGCCAUUUCAUCGCUUCAAGAGAAACACAAGAUUAACAUCAUCUGGAAUUAUUUUGCUACUUCACAUGGCAAAGGUCCAGUUGAUGGUAUUGGAGGUUCUGUGAAACGACAGGUCUGGAUGGAUGUUAGCAACAGGAAAUCCAUUGUUACUGAUGCAACUUCGUUCUGUACUACCGCAAAGCAAAUAUCCAAUGUGGAUGUUGUAGGGAUGAAGACAGAUGAAAUCGAAGAACGAAAUGCUAAUCUUAAGCUGACAGAAGUAUUUGAUGAUGCACCACUUGUGAAAGGUAUUAAGUCAUUCCACCACAUAAAAAUAAUUGACUCCGUUUGCCAUGGUUAUGCUAUGACCAAAGAUGCCAAGAACGAUUCUUACAAGUCCGCUGAUGAAUUCAUAGUGUCAGGUUGGUGUGUGGUCGAGUACGACAAUCAGUUAUUUCCCGGAGAAAUUCAAACAGUGGUUGGAGAAAAGUAUGAGGUGUCAGCCAUGAUCAAAGCUGGAAGAUAUUGGAAAUGGCCUGCACAAGAAGACAAAAUUUUCUAUUUGAGAGAUCAAAUUGUAAAAGGAUUGAAUCCACCCAUUUUGGUGAAUGCCCGGGAGCAUUAUGACUUCCCAGACUUUGAGUAG